AUGGCGGGACGGAGACGUUUGAAGGAGCUCUUUCAAAAGUACGACGUAUCCUGUGAUGGUGUGCUUUCUGAAGAGGAGAUGUCGGCCCUGUUUGCAUCCCUGGGACUCGCAAAGGAGGACAGCAGGAAGAUGUUUGAAGCAGCGGAUGCAAACAAGGAUGGGAUGGUUCAGAUCAAUGAAUUCUUGGAUUGGCUGAUGGGUCAGAAAUCAACGAUCAAAUGUCAACAAGACUCCUGCGGUGUGGAAUUCACGAUCAGCAACCCCUCGGACCGUGUGGACAAGCGCUACACUCUGACCUUCGACAAGUGCCCCUUGGACGCGCUGGUGUGCCGGUGA